AUGCCACCAAAUCGUUCGGCCAAAGCUGAACGCGAUAGAAAAGUCAUUUCCCUUUUAUCAUUUGCAUCAACGCUCGAACAUCGAUUCAAUACUCUCCGCGAUGCCUCGCUUGUGUCUGACCUGCAGAGUCAAGUCAAUGGCCUUCCGCUGACCUCGUCGCCUUCCGCCACCGCACAACAAGACGAGCUAGACCGACUAGGCACAGAGCUCUGGAACCUCUCCACACGUACACGAGAUGAUGGGCCGCCUCCCAAUGGAAAUAGAAAGGACGAUACACAAACCUCAAAGCGAGCUUCAUGCCUUUUACGCGUCUUCGCUUUCUUCCUUCUGGAUUCUGCAAGCGCUCACUCUACCAAAGCUCACGAGCGAAAGAGCUGUAUCCGGCUUACCAAAGUUGCCGUCAAAGCUGCUAAAAAGUGUAUCGAUAGCAAUGACUUGAUGCUUGCUACAAAGGUUCUUGAACGAGCAGCGGAUUAUCAUGAUGGCCUGGACAAAUCCCUUCAGAGUGAGGUUGAAGAGGAAGCAGGCAUAGCAAGGCGGCUACGGGUGGAAUAUAUUGCGGUCAGAAUGGCUUUGGCAUGGCGUCAAGACCGCAUGGAUAGCGCAGAGCAUUUAUUUGCCAAUAUGAGAAAAUCUUGCAUCAAUCUUGAUAAUCUCAUGACAGAGAGUGUGGCGGAUCUGCUUUACGAGAUGGGAAAGAGCUUACUGGAGAAGAGAAAAUACGAAGGAUCAAUCAUAUGGCUGGAGCGAGCGUUCGACGUACUCUCGGAGAAAGAGAUUGGGUAUCUGAGUUCAGAAGCAGGCGAAUUGCGCCAAAGUACCAUGCAACUGAUAGUGCAGGCCUACAUGAAGCUCGGCGACUCAGAAUCCACGGGAAAAGCUUGGAACAUGAUGGGUCUAUUGAAAUCCGAAUUCUCAGAGAAAACGGCAGUCAGCUGGCUCGAGAUGGAGCUGUUAUCGGCGGCAGACACCUUCGACUGUGAUCAGUACUCACUCGUGCUCAAUCGUAUGGCUCGAAUAAUCGUGUUGAACGAUACCAAUUUCAAAACUAUUUUGCAUUGUAUUCACCAAUUGAAAAGUAAAAGUCCAGCAAGUGCCUGCAUGGCAUUGAACAAUCUUAUCAAUUCAAGACUCUUGCGUGAAGAGAAUCAGACAUGGAUCGAAAGAGCGGUCAUAAUGCGAAUUUGGAUGGGUACACCUGAUUGCACCGCUGAAAAGCAGCAUGAGCAGCUACAAGUGCUUCUUGAUGUUGUUUCGGAUAAUAUGAAGCAGCCGUUCUCUGCCCCUGCGACCCACGCUGCUCAGACACUUUUGUGGAAACAGGUUGAAGCAGCUUGCGCACAAGAAAAUUGGUCUUUGGCAGAGGCCUGGUGUCACAUCUGCCUGCAACGGAUAUUCAGCACGUCCGGUGAGGUCAACAGGUCCAAAAUUGCAAGGAAGGUGAUUACAUGCACUUUAGCUCGGCAAGACUACCAAGCGGCUCUACAAGUGUAUGAAGAUAUGUCAAGUCUAAGUAAGGACGAUUUUAUGACGCGAUAUCUCAUGUACAAAGUUGCCCUUCGGGUGGGAGAUCAUGAUUUGGCGGUGACUUGUCUCGACUCGGUAUGUCGACAAACAGUCAAAGACCCCACCUUAUUAUACUCUUGUGUCGUUGAAGCCCAGAAUGCUGGAGAUCGUCGCAUUGCCAUCACAGCAUUGGGAAGGGUAAUAGACAAAUAUGACUCCAAGACGACUGGAAACAUUCACUACCCUGCCCUUUUACGGUGUACGGCGAGACUCUUAAAGCAAGAACUUGUGAGAGACGGAAAAUUGGUGGAUGAUGUUCUUGAUGAAAUAUGUAAAGUUUUCGAAGCAGCAUGCGCGCAGGCUAGAUCAUCUCGCAAUCGACCACAUGGUCCGAAGAAAGGAGAUUUCGAUGAAUCAGAGCUUGAAUGGUUUUCCAAAACCACGUACAACCUUGCUUUGACCCAUUGCACUGAAAUGCAUCCACAUAUUUUGGUCCGAUUACUGGAUUCGUGCAUAGAGUUCAUCCGGCUUCUUACAUCCCAUGAGAAGACUGGCGACAGUGUUCGUCAGGAUGUGAAUUUACGGUUGAUAUUCUGUUAUUUCCUGGCCACAUGCGGCCUGACUACUUUAGCUCGCUCCGAAGAUAACAAUCAACACCGUCUUCAAUACUAUUUAGAUGUGCGCAAACGUUGCCAAAAUUUUCGAAAACUUAUAGACGAAGAGCUAGGGAAAGAGAGCUACAGCGAGUCAGCUCGAGACGAUCUGCUCGCUAAACACUCUCAAGUCAUCAAACUUGAACUCGAGGCUGUGCUCAAGCUGAAGAAGUGGGACGAGUUCGAGGAGGUAUUUGGUGCUUGUUGGAAAUACAAAGCAAAUGGGCAACAUCAUACACUCGCAGAUCUGGCGUUGGUGAUCUUCGCAAGCGCCGAUGAAGAAGGUGCAGGAAGAACCUAUAAGAAUAAUAUUCUCACAUUUCUGCAGAAGAUAAUCAACCACUGCGUACUCCAAAGCGACAACGAUAUCACCGUCUUGUCGCGCUGGAUCCGCUGUCUGUUCCAGCUUGCUCUCGAAUUCGAUGAAACAAUUAGCCUCAGGUGCCUUGAGCAAGCCGCACAGAUCGCUGCUGGAAGACAAGGUGUAAGCCAUCACCCUCCAACCCCCUCUCCAACCGUCUUCAGUUCCUCGUCACCGUCCUCAACGCCGAUGAAGUACGCUGAUCAGGAACGUAAGGCAUCCAAUGCAUACCCGCGUGUUGAAUUGGAGUGGAUGGCAACGACCAGCUUCAACCGUGCAAUUGAUUACUACAUGCAAGAGGAGGAUGGGAAAUGCAAGAAAUGGGCGGAGAAGGCGCUCUCUUUGGCACAGUGGAGCGACGACAAUGGCUCACUGAGAGCCAUGCUAAUGGAAAGAUUCUCGGGACUGACGUGGGAAAAUUGA